AUGGUUGCAAACCUCUUACGUGAUAUCAUGAUCAAAAUUACUAAGCCUAUUUAUAAUGAAAUUUCGCUCAGCGAAGUUCUCGGCGUGGUUACAGUUACAACGCGGAUUGCAAUGUUUUUUGCUGGUGUCCUUAGAAAGUUCGCGCGUCUUGGCUAUAAAAGACGUCGCUUAAACCGGGAAACGGUUCGCUGUGCUGCUGCUCCACCCAACGUGGGUUUUCAGCUUCUGUCGAAUCAUGGUCGUGCUGUCAGUCUCGGUAUUGUUCUAGAGAUGGCCGACCAGUCAAAGUUGAUCGAGACAGAGUCGGUGAAGCGAUUCGCCUUCGUGGGUGUCACCAUCUCGACAGUGGCCACUCUGACAGCCAUUAUAGCCGUGCCUAUGCUUUGCCUCUACAUGCAGCACAUCCAAUCAGGACUACAAGACGAACUCAAUUUCUGUCGCUCAAGGGGAGAGAAUGUGAAAGCUGAAUUCAACAAGCUUGCUUCGGUUCGGCAAGCCGUCGUAGCGAGUCGCAAAAAACGUGCGACCGGCUGCUGCUCAUGCGGUACUGGACCUCCAGGACCUCCAGGACCACCAGGACUCGACGGUCCUCCAGGCAGAGACGGAGUCCCCGGGUCUCCUGGCGCACCGGGAGCAGAUGCCCCUCAAGGAGAAAUUCAUCCCGAACCAGAAGAUUUCUGUUUUGAGUGUGAGCCAUCUCCACAAGGACCUCCUGGCCCACCUGGCAUGAAAGGCCCCGAUGGAAUGCCUGGUUCACCGGGAGAACAAGGGCCACCAGGAAGGCCAGGAUUUCGUGGACCUCCUGGACCGCAAGGACCACCAGGAGAUCCCGGACCCGAUGGAGAGCCCGGCCCACCAGGACAGCCUGGACAGGUUCGUACGAUGCCUUCACCCGCAGGAGAACCAGGCCCACCCGGAGAACCGGGACCACCUGGACCUCCAGGGCCAGAUGGCCGUCCUGGUAACCCCGGGCGAGCAGGGGCACCCGGUCCGCCGGGUGAGAAUGGACCUGAUGGAGAGCCAGGCAAAGACGGGGAAGAUGGACCACCGGGAGAACCUGGAAAGGAUGGAGCUCAUGGAUCUUGCGAUCACUGUCCGGUCCCUAGAACUGCUCCAGGGUAUUAGUCUCUUGAUUAUUUUCAAAAUAUCAUUUUCAAACAGGAUACCUCUGAGGUCGCCGUUCUCAUACUAGCCUCAUUAUUGUAUAUUAGCAAUGCAUAAAAUAAAG